AUGGCCGGUAUCAAGAGUGAGGCGAAAGUGAUCAAGGAUACCUUCAGCCUCAGCGAUGUUCCCAAGGAGGCUCUUUACCUCGGCAUGGCGGGUGUUAUCCCCUACGUUGCCACUUCUCUUGAGACUGUCUACCUCUCCUAUGAGAUCAACCGUGCUGCUUCUCUCGGUGAUGGCCUCAUCUUCUCUGGCCAGAGUGCCGAGCUGAUGCUUCACAUGCUCGAGCCCAUCCAGGUCGGCUACGGUGCUGUGUCUGUGCAUAGUCGCGAUGCUUGUCAGGUUGUGUUAAAAGUUCUCACUCAUGAGAGAGGAUGGAAAGAGAUUGAGCUGUCAGUGGCAGCAAGGCGGAAUCAAGAACCCAGCAGACGCUGGUGCUUUUCCUUUGUUUAA